CGGAAAUAACAUAUGUUUGGGUUUGAUUUCAAUGCUGCUAGAAUUGAAUUUACCAAGUCAACCGGCCAUCUUUCCGAAGUGUUUGUUUCUCAAUUUAGUUCAAAAUUAAAUCUGUAAUUAAUGUCAGAACCACAGUCAGCUCUUUUAUUAAGAAAACAGCUAGCAGAAUUGAACAAAAACCCAGUAGAAGGGUUUUCUGCUGGCCUUAUAGAUGAUAAUGACAUAUACCGAUGGGAAGUACUCAUAAUAGGACCCCCUGACACUCUUUAUGAAGGGGGUUUUUUCAAAUGCCAUUUAUAUUUUCCUAAAGAAUAUCCUCUAAGACCGCCAAAAAUGAAAUUUGUCACAGAAAUAUGGCAUCCUAAUAUUGAUAAAAAUGGAGAUGUAUGUAUAUCUAUAUUACACGAGCCAGGUGAUGACAAAUUCGGCUAUGAAAAAGCAUCAGAGAGGUGGUUGCCUGUUCAUACUGUAGAAACUAUUUUAAUUUCAGUAAUUUCAAUGUUAGCAGAUCCAAAUGAUGAAUCGCCUGCUAAUGUCGAUGCUGCAAAAGAAUGGAGAGAAUCAUAUUCAGAAUUUAAGAAAAAAGUAGCAAGAUGUGUUCGAAAAUCUCAAGAAGAAUGUUAGUACUUUUUUAAACCUAUCAUUAAAGAAACAAAAAAAAUAAAAUACAAGAAAUCAAGUGAGAGAUUUGAUUCUUGUUUUCUUUUUUGAAAUUGCCUCCGAUAACAAUGUGCUCCUCAUGUAAUUAUGUUCAAAUCAAGUAUGGUUUUAUAUGCCUUUCUGAGAUAAUUCUGACGAUUUUAGAAUCGAUACCAUAACAAUCAAUUAAAAUAUUUUAAAGAUUCCUUGAAUUGAGAAACAAACUUUGACUCAAAAUUUAGGUAAUUUAAUUUAACAUAUUUCUGUGUAUUUCUUUAUUUUGCAGUAACUAUGUGAAUAAAUUAUUUUCUUUACAUUGUAUCUCCUCAUUUUUAAGAUUUCUUUUGUAUUUCCUCACUUAUAAUGGUUAUGACAUCGAUAAAAGCUGCAGAGUAAAGAAUUAUGAAUUCGUGUGUGUAAUCAUUUCUGAUUUGAUUGGCUUUUUUAGCCGAUAAUCAUAAUAUUCUUUUAUAAUUCCAGACUUUAUGGCUGUAUUUUUAGGUAAUUAUUGAAAUGUGAAUUAUCAAAAGUAAUGUGAGAAAACAAUCUUACACAAUAUUCUUUAUACUUCAGAAAUUUAGGCACUGCCUAUAUCACUAAUUAUAAUGCUUCAGUAAAAUUAACAUCAAUCUGCAGUCUUUGAAACAGCUUGGAUAAAUAAUUCAUCAGUCACUAAGCCUGGAAUUUAAUUAAAAUAACACAACUUUGUUUGAAUUUCGGAUAUGUAUAUAUUGAAGAAACUAUGAUCAUUUAACAUAAAAUUUGAAAUAACUCAACAAGUUUCUAGAAUAAAAUUUGAUCAAUUGCAUUAUUGAUUGCAAUUUUCUUUUAAUUUAAUUUUGUUAUAAAUCAUUCUAGAAGGCAUGUCAAAUGAUCUGGUUUAAUUAUCAAACGUUCUUGCAUCUUAUGUUGUCUAUUGGUCAAGCCAAAAUCAACUUGCAGAUGCUGAUUGCGAAGUUAUAUACCCUAUACAUUGACUGUGAAAACAUUAUUUACUUUACAAGUGUAUUAAUGUAAUACCGUCACUUCCAAAAGAUCUCAUGAGGACAGACAUGAGAGGGUUUUUGAAAAUAUGUGAUUUAAAAACCGUUUUAUUUUGCCCUAACUAAAAUGAGCAGUAUGUGAAUAUUGAAUGUUUUCUUUAUUACAUGUCGGUUUUUUAACAUUUAUUUCUUGUGUUAUUCUCGCUUUAAUUUGAACUGUUGAAAAAUUUGUUUCCUAAACAUUCUGUGAAGUGGCAGACAAGAUUCUUAAUUUUUAAGUAUGUAAAUUUGACAACGUAAACACUAGGAAUGUACUUUAAGUAAAUUUUAUUAAUGAA